UUAGAGAACCACAAAAACUGUAAGCAUUAAUUUUCGAAAUGGGAAAAAACGAAAAAUAACUUUUCCAAAUUCAUGACAACCGAAUCACACAAAAACUAUUUUAUAUGCUGUUUUUCUGUUUGAAGGAUCACACAAACUAGUAACCAGAAAAAUGGCAGAAACAAAGUUGAGUUCCUUCAAAGACAAAAGAUGGUCACUCCAUGGCAUGACAGCUCUAGUGACAGGAGGCACACGAGGCAUAGGGUACGCAAUAGCUGAAGAGUUAGCAGAAUUUGGGGCAGCUGUGCAUAUUUGUGCACGUAAACAACAAGAUAUUGAUAAAUGUUUAGAAGAAUGGAAUAAGAAAGGACUUCCCAUAACAGGGUCGGCAUGUGAUGUACUAUCUCGUGACCAACGUGAAAAUUUAAUGAAAAAUGUUGCUUCAAUCUUUAACGGGAAGCUCAACAUUCUGAUAAACAAUGCUGGAACAACUACACCUAAGAAUCUCAUAGAUUAUACUGCAGAAGAUGUAACGACAAUAAUGGAAACUAAUUUUGGGUCUAGUUACCACUUAUGUCAACUAGCACAUCCACUUCUAAAAGCAUCUGGAUAUGGGAGCAUAGUGUUUAUAUCCUCCAUUGCAGGUCUGAAAGCUUUGCCUUACAGUUCUGUGUAUGCAUCCUCUAAAGGAGCUAUGAAUCAAUUCACUAAGAACAUAGCAUUGGAAUGGGCAAAGGAUAAUAUUCGCGCAAAUGCUGUGGCACCGGGGACUGUUAAGACUGUACUUCUGGAUUCUAUCAUGAAAGCUGCUGCUGAAGCUGAUAAAGCCGUUGAGUAUAUAGUGUCUCAAACACCAGUUGGUAGACUUGGAGAUCCCGAGGACAUAUCACCACUGGUUGUUUUCCUUUGCCUUCCAGCUGCUUCAUACAUCACUGGCCAGAUUAUUACUGCGGAUGGGGGUUACAUAAUUUAAAGUGUAAUGCCAAAAAUAAUUAUAAAAUAAAAUAAAUGCCCAAAACAUAAAUCUCAAGAUCAACUAGGUUUUUAAGAAGGUCCGAAACUAAUGAUUAUCUGUAGUUGUUUUAAGUACAAUAUUUCAAGUGUUAUAAUGUUUCCAAUGUGUGAAGUUCUUUUUAUCAUUUUAAAACUUGUUGUGGUAUGGGGUUUUCUCUAAGGUUUCGGGUUGCUUACCCAGAAUAUAAAAGUGUAAUUUACCGUUUCCCUAGAUUUAAUGGGGAUUA